AUGUCUUAUCCAAAACGGGACCGAGCUUACGUCAACAGAUUAUCUUCCUUUGAGCCGGGCUUUUGUCCAGUGUCCAAUGAAGCGCUUGCCCUCGCCGGAUUUCGAUAUGAAGGGCCGGACGACCAAGUGCGCUGCGACUACUGCCAAGGCCGGUUCAAAUCCUGGCGCGAGGGGGACAACCCAUUAGAGGAGCAUAAGGAGCACUUCAAGAAUUGUCCAUUUCUGCGUCCACUGCUCGUCCUUCCAAAGCGAGAGGAAUUCAGCAAUGUUGCCGCUCGUGAAGCCUCAUUUCAAGAUCGUCUUCGGGCAAAUCCUGCCAUGUCCCCGACGCCGCAAGAAUUCGCUGAAUGUGGAUUCUUUUCAAAUCCGGGCUCAGAGGACCGAGAUUCGGUCACUUGCUAUUACUGCGGGGUGACGCUCGCCAGAUGGUCGCCCGGGGAUGAUGUUUGGAAGGAGCACGUCAAGAACAACCCUGCGUGCGCCUUCAUCGUGCUUGAUAAAGGCGCUGAGUAUCUAGUGACAGGGCCCUACGCUAGCUUGAUCAAUCAGCAGACGGGUCAAAGAAGGCCGCCGCCCACCACUACGGAUCCGUCAAUGCGCCGGAGAAGUCUGGGGUCCAGCCCUAUCGUCUCAGCAUCAAGUCAUCCCACUCCGCCCUCUAGUCGCUCUUUUGUUCCAGUUCAAGCCGACACUCCACGUCCAGCUACUCCUCCUCGCUCCACACUCGCUUCUCCUCCUCCGCUCAUUACUGACAUACCUCUGUCGAUCGUCAACCCUGUGAGGAACUCUAUACAUUCGCCACUCACUACCGUUUCACGCUCGAGCAGCGCAACAAGCCCUCAUCCAAACCGCUACUCCCCAAUUUCAGUGACGUCACUGCGCAACGGCUUCAACUCAGAAUUCAUGAGUCCGUCGCCAAUCCGCAACAUGACUAGCUCCCCGUCGACCGCGAUUGUUGCCCGCCAAUCGCCUUCUUUUCCUUCUCAACGCUUGAUCAAUUCGCGUCGCUCGCCGAUUCUUCUGUCGCAAAACUCUCGCAUCUCUCCAUACACAAUUCCGAAUCGGAACAGCAUCAAUCAUCGAGCUCCUGAACCUCUACCAGACAAUUUCGAAGGCUUGUCCGAGGAUGAACGACGAUUAACUUACGAUCAUCUACGUCGCCAACAUGAGUGUAAAGUGUGCCUUUCAAAUUUAGCCACAGUUUGUUUCCUUCCAUGCCGCCAUCUAAGCGCCUGUCCCGCUUGCGCUCCACAACUCGAGAACUGUCACGUCUGCCGAGAGCGCAUUCAAAACGUAAUCGACGUUUUCCUCUCGUGA